AUGAUGGCGAUGCGUGUGUUAAACAAACGCCUGUCCAUGCAACGUAUGCAGACUGUAGUGCUACGUGCAUUAUCGACUGAAGUUCCUCCUGUUGCUACUGCUGCUGUAUCGGAUACAAGGGAGGAUGGAGAAAUUGCACAUGAGGACUUGGGCAACCUCGCGGGUGUGCCGAUCUCACAGGCGACUGUAGCUCACCGUCUCAAGUUUUUUGCAUUUGCUAAAGAGCAACAGGAUGAGCUUUUUCCCGAAGGCGUUGGCCGCCGUAUGGUCGAAACCUUUGAACUUGUGGGUCAUCGCCAUAUAAUGUUGCGUGACCGGACGCUAGAGAUUAUUAAACUGAUGAAGGAUUGGUCGACGGCCAAGAGCGAAUCGAUUGGUGCAUUUUUGAUUGAUGGUGAACGGGGCACUGGUAAGAGCUUUGCAUUGCACCAGAUUGUGCAAUUUGCACGCGAAAGUAAUUGGGUAGUGCUUUACAUUCCCAACCCGCGUUCGUGGUGUCAUGAGGCUCCAUACGUAAUGCAAUCGCAAUACCAAGACGGAAAGUUCGAUAUUGAUGUAUACGGCGUAGACCUGCUGAAAAAGUUUCUGCACUGUCACGGUGAGCAGCUGCGCUCCAUCCCGCUGCGCGGAGAGUAUACCCAUCGUUACUACCCUACGGACAAGUAUGAGUCGAAGCCAAAGGAGGCCGCAGACUAUAAGGAUGCAUCUCUGACACUGCGCGACGUGGUUGUUGGCGGUAUACGUGACGAAGAGCUGGCGUGUCAAGCUGUAUGCGAUUUGAAAGAGGAGCUGAGGCAGGUUACGGAGUUUCCCGUGUUAAUUGCCAUUGACGAUUACAACACAUGGUUUCAGCCAACGGUCUUUGGCUAUGAAGGCAAGGACGUGAAAGCCGAUGAUAUUUCAGUGAUUGCUGCUUUGAAAGACAUUCGUACGAACGGCUACGACGAGUCUUGCAAGUUAAAAAACGGUCUUUUCAUCGCUGCCGUGACGGAAAACUUUCCCACAAAAGUUCAUUUCAAGAAGCAGGUGGAUUAUCGCAAGAUUCGUUCUACAAUGCGUACGUACUCAUCGGAAGAGCUUGGUGCUAUCAUAUCAUACUACAAUCAAGUCAAUUUUCUCCACGAUAAACCCACGGACUCGCAAUUGGCGUAUUUUCGACUCAUGACCAAGUCACUGCCACUUUAUGUGUUUGAUCGAGCGUCAUUCUCGUAG